GAAGACAUGCUGUAUGAUCCAGGCUAAAAUGUGUGCAUCCAGUAGCUGUGUGGCAAGUGUGGGUGCUGCAUACCCCACAUGACUUGGUUGUUUUGGCUUGCAAGAGCCUCUGUCAAGUGUGGCACACUGUCUGGCACAGUCUACUCCCUAGUGUCUUGGUUAACGUGUCCCCAGCAUUAGGCUCUUAUUCUUCAUCGUUUUUUGAUUAUUGUGUUUGUUUUUUUUUAUUGUGGAAAACUUACUGCCUCUCCUUCUUCACCAGUCAAAGUUUCUUUGCAAGAUUUUUACUCAUUGUUUUGAGGAAAUGUUCACAUUGUGUGGCGUAUUGAAACUGUGAUUUUCAUUUUCUUAUGAAUGAAGUUGCUGUGUGAAAAGGUGAUGUGCAGUUUCCAUCCAUAGUCUGAAUUACCAGCAGGUAAUUAGCAGAAAUGCAUUCACUUGUACCUUGAGCUUUCUCACUUCUCUCAAGAUUUUACAAUAUUUACACACAACAAUUAAGUAAAAGGCAGAACAUUGCUUUCUGCUUAGUCAGUCAGUUAAGCCUUCCCCCCCAACCCCCCCUUACUGAGGCAAAAUGGUACUCGGUAAGGAAGAGAAAAGCCCGGAGGAGGUGAUGGAAGGAGGAGGUGAGGAAAAUGAACCCAUGAUAGACAAGACACUAGAGGUUCAGGUCGUGCCCGCACAGACAGAGGAGCUUGAAGUGGUGGUGGAAAAUCCGGAUAGUGCAAACCCCAUUAUAAAGACCAAAAUCAAAACUAAGGGCGUCAUCGAGGAGGGGGAUGGGCUCUACGAGGAACGUUCUACAUCCUCAGGAUCCGAUGAUGACCAAGGUAUAUCACUGCUGCAGGGGGAUGGAGAACCCGACCAAGGGGAGACAAGUCUCUCCAUCCUCAUGCAGGUUAUGCUUCCAUUCCUGGUUGCUGGUCUGGGUAUGGUUGGAGCGGGGCUAGUGCUCGAUCUGGUCCAGCACUGGGAGGUGUUCAAGGUGGUGAGCGAGCUAUUUAUCAUGGUGCCAGCGCUACUGGGUCUGAAGGGAAAUUUGGAGAUGACUCUAGCAUCUCGCCUUUCCACCCAUGCCAACUUGGGUCACCUUGACAAACGGGAAGAGUGCAUAUCCAUGAUAAUUGGCAACCUUGCACUUAUUCAGUGCCAAGCCAUAGUGGUAGGGUUCUUGGCAUCAGUCGCAGCAGUGGUAAUGGGCUGGAUCCCCGAGGGCCUCUUCGAUAUCAUCCACGCACUGCUGCUUUGUGCCUCAGCGCUUGUCACCGCCUCCCUGGCUUCAUUCAUCUUAGGUGUCAUCAUGGUUGGCGUCAUUCUGUUUUCACGUAAAUGUAAUAUUAAUCCCGACAAUGUAGCCACUCCUAUAGCUGCUUCACUAGGAGACUUGACUACACUUGGUCUCCUGGCUUGGAUUGCAUCUGUACUCUAUGCUUCUAAAAACACAGACCAGUGGCUCAGUCCUGUCAUAGUUGUUGGUUAUAUUCUCUCAUUACCACUCUGGGUAUGGUUGGCCUCACGUAACAAGCAUACAAAAGAGGUCCUGUAUUCUGGAUGGACCCCUGUCAUCUCUGCCAUGAUGAUCUCCAGUCUUGGUGGGCUCAUCUUAGACUACACUGUAAGUAGUUACAAAGGCAUUGCAGUGUUCCAACCUGUCAUCAAUGGUGUUGGAGGUAACUUGGUGGCCGUGCAAGCAUCACGCAUCUCGACAGCUCUCCAUGUAGCAGCUCCACUCGGGAAGAUGCCAAAGUUUGUGACGAAUCUAUGCAUCAACCCGAUUUCAGCAUUCUGCGCCAGGGUGGGUCACCCAAGAACGGCUCGCGUGCUGCUGCUCUUGGUGGUUCCUGGGCAUCUUGUCUUUAUGUACACCAUCUCCUACCUGAAGGCUGGCCACACGUCUCUCACACCCAUCUUCGUGGUUACUUACUUGCUGGCUGCUUUCCUCCAGGUGGCCAUCCUGCUGUACGUGGCACACGUGAUGGUCCACUACAUGUGGAAAGCUUCCAUCGACCCAGACAAUUCUGCCAUUCCUUACCUGACUGCCCUUGGAGACCUCCUGGGCACAGGGCUUCUUGCCAUGGCUUUCCACUUCUUGUAUGUUGUUGGUGACAGAGAUGCUGAUGUUGGAGACUAAGUCACAAAAGUCUUUAUUUUUUAUUUUAUUUUAUUUUGAUUUGAUUUUAUUUUUUCUCUUUCUGGCUUCUUUUUUUUUUUAAUUAAGUGACAAAUGAUCCUAUAUUAUUGUUGUGAUUAAGACAGGUAGAUAUUGGUGACAAUUUUUUUUUCUUUUCUUUCUUUUUUUGUAGCAUCAUAAAAUUAGGUGUAAUAGGUGCUAGUCUCAUUAAUGCUGUGUCUCGUUAUGCUGCAUGUUGUUAAUGUGUGUGUAUGAGUUGUGUUUUUGGGUUGUGAUUUCACCAGAUGAAAUAUUUGAUCUUUUUAUUUUAUUUUUUUUUAGAUUUAUUUAUUUCUUGUAUUUUUUUAGUACUUUUUCAUGCAGUAAAAUUUGCCAAAAAACAAGAACAAAAAAAUGUAGAGUUCAUAUUAGACGGUUUGCACAGGAUUUAGUGAUACAUCUUCCUUUGCUGAUGAAAGUCACGUGUUUGUAGAGGAUAUGUUCAUGGUUUGCAAGUAAUUGGUACAAAUUUGGUUCAGUGAUGUCAUAUUAUUCAACUUAUUUACUGUUAACUCUAUGUGUACUUCAGGAGAACAGGAUCGCUGUGACUCACCUUUACAUCGAGCUAGCGAUGUACUGCAUGAUUGAGUCGCGGCUUGUGAUUGAAUGGUUGUGCGUGCCUGUCUGUGGGUUUAGGUGUGCACAUGCAAGUAUUAGGUUUUCUCAUGUUUAUGUUACCUUAAUAAUGUUGCCCUUUGCAUAGGUUGUGCUUAUGUUUUUAUUUUUUGAAGAAAUUAUUUGACUUGUGUGAGUUUCCCAGAAGUUUUCUGAUUGUGAGGAUGGUUGGGGAUGCACCUUGGCUUGGUAUAGGAUACAAAAGGUUUUUGUUUCAAUAGUUGUUGAUACACAAAAUAUAAUGUAACCAUAUAUAACGCACAUUAUCUAUAUCAUGGCUAUUACCAUUUCUUAUGUCUCUUAGAUUUAAUGUAUUUUUUUUUAAAGUUUAUUAUUAUUUUUAUAAUUGUUAUUAUUUGUAUUUGCAUUUACUUAUUCAAUAUUAUAUGAACCAGAGUGUUUAAAUUUUUCAUUAUUCUGUUUGAGAAAUGUACUUAACUUUAAGGGAAGAAGGAACAUAUACACAGAAUUUAAGAACCUCAGUACAUCUGAACAUUGCUGGUUUGCAAGGAAUUUCUUUUUGUACUUUGGAUGUGCAAUACCUGUGAUACUAUAAAUAUCUGUUGAGGUAAUGAUCUGUAAAGUCUAGAAAUCAGAGGAUGUGUAAAAUUAUUUAUGUAUAAACACAGCACUACACACACGCACACAC